UUUCCUCAACCACCACCAGUGUGUAGAAUCCACCUGGAUAAUGCGACGGCAGGCAUGGUGUCAACCAGAACGCCCACCAGACACCAGCUAUUGGUGGUGAGGAGAGGAACAUGAUAUAGCCAAUUCAGGGAUGGAGAUUAUUAGGGUGCCAAUAUAAGGGUCAAUGGAGGAAUUUCCCAAGGACACCGGGCUUAAACCCCUACUCUUUUAUGAGAAGUGUCCUGUGAUUUUUAAUGACCACAGGGAGCCAUAACCUCAUUUUAACAUCUCAUCCGAAAGACGGUGCUGUUUUUACAGUUCCCCUGUCACUAUACUGGGGCAUUAGGACCCACACAGACUACAUGGUGAGCACCCCCUGCUGGCCACCCUAAAACCACUUCCAGCAGCAACCUUAGUUUUCCCCAGGAGGUCUCCCAUCAAGGUACUGGCCAGGCUCAACUCUGCUUAGCUUCAGUGGUAAACCAGGCCAGAGCUGCAUGGUGAUAUGGCUCUGGAUAGAUGUGAGUCAAGUGCUUCCGGAUCUCCGUGGCUCCCCCAAUCCGGAACAACAUACAAAGUGCUGGUUAGUUCUCAAGGGGGUAUACAUCAGGCCUUUGUGAAUUCGUGCAGUGUUUAGACCUCAAUCCACCAAAGCCUGAUUCAUAACAAAGCUAUGGAGAGGUGUUGGGAGGCAAAGAUGCGAUGUAUUCAUGGGGAUGUGCACACAUUUAUUGAUGCCUCUCACAUUCAUAAGGGAUAAAAACAUAGUCUGAAAGUGGCAGUCGUAGUCGACCUCUCUCUAAUUAACCCAGUGAUUAUGGGCACUGAUUGGCCAGGGUUUAGGGAAUUAGCUGUAGAUUUAGGACUGGUUGGGUCAUGGCCAGUAGCAUGGUGUGAGGUCUGGCAGGCAACGCACUUCCAGGUACAUCACAUCACCAUGACCAGGUGAAAGGUGAGACAGCUGGCCUGUCUGAGAUGAUGCAUUAAAGCAUGCAUUUAAGCAGGUGCCGGUGAUUGACGGGGAAUCUGCUGGCCGUACCAAAUGCACCAUUGUGCCCUCUCCCUCUAAUCGAGAUCCCCUUCGACAGAAUUGGCAUGGAUCUCGUUGGGCCAUUAGAUCGAUCAGCACAGGGAUGUUGUUUAGUAUUAGUUCUGAUAGACUAUGUGACUUGAGGCGCACGGUGGCUUAGUGGUUAGCACGUUUGCCUCAUACGUCCAGGGUCUGGGGUUUGAUUCCCGCUGGGGCCAUGUGUGUGCGGAGUUUGCAUGUUCUCCCCGUGCGGGGGUUUCCUCCCCCAGUCCAAAGACAUGCAUGGUAGGCUGAUUGGCGUGUCUAAAGUGUCCGUAGUGUAUGAAUGGGUGUGUGAGUGUGUAUGUGAUUGUGCCCUGCGAUGGACUGGCACACUGUCCAGGGUGUACCCCGCCUUGUGCCCGAUGCUUCCUGGGAUAGGCUCCAGGUUUCCUGUGACCCUGAAAAGGAGUAAGCGGUUGAAGAUGGAUGGAUGGACUAUGUGACUCGAUAUCCCAAAGCCAUCCCUCUGAAAACCAUCUCCGUGAAGAGCAUAGCACUGUUUUGGGUAAUCUAGUGAAUUGGGAUCCCGAAAGAUAUCCGGAGUGACCAAGGUGAUUGUCAUGUCCGGUCAUGAGACCAUACGCAUUCUAGAGGUUGAAGUGGAUGCAGCUGUUCCCUCCCCAGGAACUCACGUGAAAACUGAGGCAGGAGCAGAAGAGGGGAGAGGAAAAGCUUUAGAGCCAGCAGAAGGCACCACUCAGGAUAGACAAACAGCACCCAGUACCAUCCCCACAGUUUCUAAUGAGGCUGCUGUCACUUCCGUUCAAAAUGUUGCAAUUCCUAUAAGUCUCUCUUUGCCUCACCCUCAGACCAGCAUGCCUAUCACUAUCCAGGCCUGUCCACAGGUUCUGACCCAGGAUGGCCUUGCUACUCUGAUGACUGGCAUGAUUGCCCAGCAAAGCCCUCUGAGCCAGCCUCUGCUGAUUCCACUAAGUAUGGCAGGCUCUGUGGGUGGACAAAAUGGCCUGGCACUACUCACCCUUCCAGCAACCACACUAGCCACGCUACCAGGUUUUGGAGCUGGUGGCCCAGCUGGAGGUCUCAUUAAAUUACCUUUUGCUGGCCUGCAGGCUGCCACUGUUCUGAACUCAGUCCAGCCUCAGCUUCAGGCACCUGCACAGACACUCCUGCAGCCCCAGGCAACUGCACUACAGUCAGUGCAGCAGACUCAGGCUGCUCCAGCCAGCCCUGCUACUGUAGCUUCAGUCAUGCACAAGGUCACUGAGCCUAGUUCAUCAGUUGCAGCACUUCAGACCACAGGCCUCACAAUCAACCCUGCUAUUAUCAGUGCUGCAUCUUUGGGUGCUCAGCCACAGUUCAUCAGUUCUCUGACUACAACUCCCAUCAUCACUAACACCAAUGUGGCAGGACUAACCAGCCAGAUCAUCACCAAUGCACAGGGUCAGAUGAUAGGCGCUUUGCCUGUGCUGGUGAACCCUGCAUCUCUGACCGGAGUGUCCUCAACACAUUCACCACAAACUCAGGGUCUUCAGGUGCAGACUGUGGCUCCUCAGCUGCUGCUGAACUCCCAGGGCCAAAUCAUUGCCACCAUUGGGAGCAACCCUGGUGCUUUCACUACAUCCACCAGCUCCACAGUCUUGAAUAAAACUACUCUGUCGCACACCAGGGUCAACACACAGGCUCCGAUUGUAACAGUAAACCAGGCUCCAGUCAUGAUUGCCCCACAGCCCUCCACAGGGAAAUCAACCUCCUCAUCGAUUCCUGUUGCCUGUGCAGAAACGCCCACAGUCAGCCAGCUCGUCAACAAGCCACAGUCUGGGGUGACUGAAGAAGAGGGCAUUAAUCUGGAGGAGAUCCGUGAAUUUGCCAAAAACUUUAAGAUUCGACGGCUUUCAUUGGGACUGACGCAAACACAAGUGGGUCAAGCUCUAACAGCUACUGAGGGACCGGCUUAUAGCCAGUCUGCAAUAUGCAGGUUUGAGAAGCUUGAUAUAACGCCUAAGAGUGCCCAGAAGCUAAAACCUGUUCUAGAGCGUUGGCUUGCUGAAGCAGAGCUGUGGAACCAGAAGGGCCAGCAAAAUCUAAUGGAAUUUGUGGGAGGUGAGCCGUCCAAGAAACGCAAACGCCGCACCAGUUUCACACCACAAGCCAUCGAGGUCCUGAACAGCUAUUUUGAGAAAAAUGCACUUCCAACUGGGCAGGAGAUCACAGAAAUUGCCAAGGAACUGAAUUAUGACAGGGAGGUUGUACGAGUUUGGUUUUGUAACCGCAGGCAGACACUGAAGAAUACCAGCAAGAUCAAUGUGUUCCAAGUGCAGUAGAGUGUACAAUACACACCUGGAAGGACAAUGAGAUAUACAGGUGCAAUCAAAAUUAUUCAACCCCCGUUGCAAAUCAGGUUUAUUGUCAAAAUUGACAGACUUUUAGCUGUUUGCAAUGAACAAGUAGA